UCUUUGCCGACACGUCCUUGUUUGUGCGUUUUAAUCAGCGAUUGGAAAAUAACAGGUAGCCUCGUCCGCCCUCCUCUCGCACCCAUAAACACCCAGGAGGGACGAGAGGGGCGAAAUCAAAGCGGAGCGAUCCCGUUGUGACGCCGCCCUGAGCUCCUCUUCUGAGCGGGUUUUGUCGGCUGCGGGGUGCCGACGUAAAGAAGCGGUCGGCUGGGUUACAACAGCCGGGUUGAAUCGCAACGUGUUUCGUGCUGAGUGUCACCGCAGUCGGGUUGUGUUUUUACAUGAAGCAGCCUCGUUUAAUGGGGCUGCCGUCAGCCCGUCUGCCCGCCGCCUCUGGACAGACGGUCGCCGUGAUUCACGCCUGAGUUUGGACCCAUUAUAGACGACAUUGUGGAUAUGGAAUGGUGCAUGCCGCUGGGCCAAGUUUUCAGCCUCUGAAAAACACCGGAAUCAUGGACAGUCAUCCGCUGUGCACUAGACUUUGUCCACAUGCUCUGGACAAAGAAGAUGGAGUCGAGAGGCAAGGUCCCGUCACUCUCAACCCUCGACACAUGAGGAAGGCGUUCAAAGUCAUGAACGAGCUGCGCAGCCAGAGCUUGUUGUGUGACGUGACCAUAGUGGCGGAGGAUGUGGAGAUCGCCGCUCACAGGGUGGUCCUGGCUGCUGGGAGCCCCUAUUUUCACGCCAUGUUCACAGGUGAGAUGGCAGAGAGCAGAGCCAAACGAGUGAGGAUAAAGGAGAUGGACGGCUGGACUCUGGGCCUGCUGGUAGAUUACAUCUACACUGCAGAGAUCCAGGUCACAGAGGACAAUGUGCAAGCGCUGCUGCCUGCAGCAGGUCUGCUGCAGCUGAACGAGGUGAAAAAAGCUUGUUGUGAGUUCCUGAGCUCUCAGCUUCAUCCAUCCAACUGCCUGGGAAUACGAGCCUUCGCUGACCUGCACGCCUGCUCUCAGCUCCUCACACAGGCCAACAGCUACGCAGAGCAACAUUUCACUGAGGUGGUUGGCAGUGAAGAGUUCCUCAAUUUGGGCAUGGAACAAGUGUCCAGUCUGAUUGCCAGCGACAAGCUCACCAUCCCCACGGAGGAGAAGGUUUUUGAGGCAGUAAUUGCUUGGGUCAACCAUGAUAAAGAUGUCCGACAGGAACACUUGGCUCACCUGAUGGAACACGUUCGCCUGCCGCUUCUCUCCAGAGAAUACCUGGUGCAGCGGGUGGAGGAGGAGUCGCUGAUUAAGAAUAGCAGCGCGUGUAAAGACUACCUGAUUGAGGCCAUGAAGUACCACCUGCUGCCAGCUGACCAGAGGGCUCUGAUGAAAACUGCACGCACACGCAUGAGGACGCCAGCCUGCUGUCCUAAGGUGAUGGUUGUGGUCGGAGGCCAGGCCCCCAAGGCCAUCCGCAGCGUUGAGUGUUAUGAUUUUGAGGAGCAGCGGUGGUACCAGGUGGCCGAGCUGCCGACCAGGAGGUGCAGAGCAGGUGUGGUGUACGUGAGCGGGUGCGUGUAUGCGGUCGGCGGUUUCAACGGUUCCUUGCGCGUGCGGACGGUCGACUGUUACGAUCCGAUGAUGGACCGCUGGACGAGCGUGAGCAGCAUGCAGGACCGCCGAUCAACGCUGGGUGCCGCUGUGCUCAACGGACUCCUGUACGCCGUGGGGGGCUUUGACGGCAGCACAGGUCUGUCCACAGUCGAGGCGUACAACACGAAGACAGACGAGUGGUUCCAUGUGUUGCCCAUGAGUACCAGACGAAGCAGCGUGGGAGUGGGUGUUGUCAAUGGGAUCCUGUAUGCAGUUGGAGGUUAUGAUGGUGCCACCAGGCAAUGCCUGAGUACAGUAGAAGCUUACAACCCCAAAAGCAAUGCGUGGAGCUACAUCGCGGAGAUGGGCACGAGACGCAGCGGAGCAGGUGUAGGAGUUUUAAAAGGUUUACUGUAUGCUGUGGGUGGUCAUGACGGUCCAUUAGUGAGGAAAAGUUGUGAAGUUUAUGAUCCGACCUCUAACAGCUGGCGACAGGUGGCUGAUAUGAACAUGUGUCGACGUAACGCAGGCGUGUGCGCUGUAAACAACUUACUGUAUGUGGUGGGAGGAGACGACGGCAGCUGCAAUUUGGCGUCUGUGGAGUUCUACAAUCCAAACUCGGACAAGUGGACGCUGCUGCCGACCUGCAUGAGCACAGGACGCAGUUAUGCAGGUGUGACUGUGAUCGACAAGCCCUUAUGACUGCUCUUGACGCCUGCCACUGAUUGGGAGCAGAAUGUAUUCUCCUGCUGAAUACUGAUCUUGGAUCUGUCUAUGAUGCCGAUGCUUCGAUGUUGGCCAGCAUUGGCACAGGCACUGACGAAGAUGAAGAAAAUUACAAGAUUGUUGUUGUUGUUGUUGUCGGGGAUGACGAUGAUGAAGGUUUUUGCACUUACCUGAACAGGGGAGCUGUAAACAAACGGGUGUGGGGGAGGAUCGAACCCGCGUUUUUAAUCCCCUCCGGGCAGGACUGCCGCAGUGACUGGACAAGCCAGUUUGAAGCACCGCUGCACCAGUGCGGCGUCAUUGAAACGCUACUGAUAUGAAGCUACUUUAACAUUAGUAAUGUUAACAUGAACCAGCUCUGAAAGACCACUUUUGAACGGAUAUCUUUGUUUCUGCUUGAUUUUUAUCCUCCUGAAAAGGGUGUGUGUGUGUGUCUCUGAGAGAGAGUGUGUGUGUGUGUGUGUCUGCGUGUUUGCUUGCAUUUAAAGGUGCUCCUUUGCUUGCACAUGUGAGCAUAGUGUUUGUGUGCAGCCGAGUCUCUGUGUGGUGACGCCUGGUCCGACGCCGCAUGAACGCGCUCCGUCUGACCUCUGACCUUUUACAGUGUUGCAGCGUGGCUGUUCAAGAGUGCCUGAAUGUCAGAAUAUGCCCCUGCUUCCCUCCUCCUCUUCUUAUGUCUCGAGUACUGUUACUGGACAGAGCACAGCUGGACUCUGCACCUCUGUUCUGGGAUGAAGAAAUGCAUUUGAGAGGAGCCAACUUUAGACAGGUGACGAGGCUUGGGUCGCGUUAGCCCGCGUGAAUUCAGAACAGCCGAGGGAGAAGCAGUUGGAGUCCGUUUCUUCUCAAAAGGAAAAAAAAACAAAGAAGAAAACCUUAACUGGAAAGGAGAAGCCUCUUUCAUGUUGCCAAAAACAGUCGGAGGGAGAAGCUGUUUGGGAUGAAAAACAGUUGGAUGUAUCGGUGGUUUGCUGGCACCUUGCAGCCAUCUUUGCUGUGGUCGUAACCACUAAAGACAGCCUGAACUCACUGCAUGGUCCUCUUAACUCUUAGCCUCCUCUCCUUCCACUGUACCCUCCUCUCCCUCGGUGUAGCAACCCUAACUUAACUAUUGCACACCCUGACGUACUAUGAAUGUGCCAAUUUUAAUACGUCUCUUCAUUUCUGUCUCUCUUUACUACUUUACUACUAAUCUGUCCCCUCUUUCUGGAAAGUGACCAAACCUUCUCUUGCUUUUGUUUAUCUUCAGUCUCUUUCUCUGCUUUUUUCCUCCUAUAUUGAAACUUGCUAUAAUAGUAACUGGUAUCGCUGUUUCUUGUCAGUGUAUUGAGGAAUGUCAUGUAGGCUAAUGACUUUGAAAAUGUUUAAUUACUUGUUUUAUAUUAUCAUUAAUAAAUAUGCUUCUUGUAUUUAAA